AUGUUUCCUGUGCAGAUGCUGGGCGGAGCCUCCCUUCCUGUGAACACUCUGGUGAAGAUCAAAGAGGGCCUGCUGCGACAGAGAGAGCUAGAGAUUGACAGGUCAGUAAUACAGAGUACAGAGGAGGGUGGACAUUUAAACCAUCAGGGCUGCACUGAAUCAUUGGGCCAAGCAGGGGAAUGAAUUUAGGCUGGAGAAAAACACACCACAACAAUUCUAGGAGGAACACACCAACAGCCUUAUUGUGUUGGAGCAGCAAACAUGUCUGUCUGAGUCUCUAUACACCUCAUUAUAUUCCACCACUGUGUCUGACUCUGUUCAUCACAGUAGGAAAAACAUUGUGAGAGAAAGUGUCCCUUCCUUUCAGGGUUGUCAUUGCCCAGGGGAAGGUUUAGUGCACUGGAGUCUCUGAUAUGAUGGGGCAGCACCGCAGACAUCCUGCAUUCAUUUUUCUAUGGGCCACACACUGUCACGGUCACCCCCUCGAGGCACAAAUACACACACAGACACACAUUUUUUCAAUGACCUUGAGCAGAUGUCAGUGUUGGGGCAUGCGGCCACACACGUCCGAGGUGUCCCCUUUCAGAGUGGCAGGCUGGCGCUGACAGGACAGGCUGGGCAGUGCCAGGGGAGGGGAGUGGACAGGACAGGGUCACCCACCACCCCCCACCCCCCACCCCCCACCCAUAGAUUACUGUAGGAAAUACAGGCAGAGGCACAAAGCAGACACACAGCACAGAGACUUACCCUGCCGCACCGACACAUAGACUGGCAUUAACAUAAAAGGCUGGACCGGCUUUGAAUUGGAGAGAUCAGUGUGUAACCCAGCCAUUGAUUUAUAUAUACACUAGAUGACUGAUAGGGGACGCUGUGCUGGAGCCACCGUGUCUCCAUCUUGGAACUCCCCCACCAUUGUAAAAAAUAUUUUGGAAGCUAUAUAAAUGCAUUUAUUAAUGUCUACAUUCAUUUUUGCCACACUUAUUCUAUUACAGACACCUUAAUGCAUACUUAAAAAUUAUAUGAUGAACAAAAAUAUAAAUGCAACAUGCAACAAUUUCAUAGAUUUUACUGAGUUACAGUUCAUAUGAGGAAAUCAGUCAAUUGAAAUAUAUUCAUUUGGCCAUAAUCUAUGGAUUUCACAUGACUGAGAAUACAGAAAUGCAUCUGUUGGUCACAGAUACCUUAUAUUUUUGUGCAUUCAAAUUGCCAUCGAUAAAAUGCAAUUGUGUCCGUAGCUUAUGCCUGCCCAUACCAUAACCCCACCCCCACCAUGGGGCACUCUGUUCACAACGUUGACAUCAGCAAACCACUCGCCCACAUGACACCAUACACGUGGUCUGCGGUUGUGAGGCCGGUUGGACGUACUGCCAAAUUCUCUAAAACGACGUUGGAGGCAGCUUAUGGUAGAGAAAUGAACAUUCAAUUCUCUGGCAACAGCUCUGGUGGGCAUUCCUGCAGUCCGCAUGCCAAUUGCACGCUCCCUCAACAUGAGACAUCUAUGGCAUUGUGUUGUGUGAAAAAACUGCACAUUUUAGUGUCAUUUUAUUGUCCCCAGCACAAGGUGCACCUGUGUAAUGAUCAUGCUGUUUAAUCAGCUUCUUGAUAUACCAUACCUGUCAGGUGGAUGGAUUAUCUUGUCAAAGGAGAAAUGCUCACUAACAGGGAUGUAAACAAAUUUGUGCACAAAAUUUGAGAGAAAUUAGCUUUUCGUGCGUAUGGAAAAUGUCCCAGAUAUUUUAUUUCAGCUCAUGAAACUUGGGACCAACACUUUACAUGUUGCAUUUAUAUUUUUGUUCAGUGUAUUAUGUGAGCUAAACAGAAAAAUGCAAAAAUAUAUAAAAACAUUUUCCUUAAAGUAUAAUUUUUGGAGAUUACUAAUGUUACUGGCCCCACUACAACAACAAAAUACUUAAAUACAUGUAAUUUUGUCCUUGAAUCAUUUAAUUGAAAUACUGUAGAAUUCCAUUCAUUCCUAUGGAGGACUGCUCCUACUGGGGAGUGCCAAUAUGGCUGACCGGUGGCUUCAAAGCCUCUCAAUGGCAAAUACACAGCAUCAGCAAUCCAGUGUUUAUAUACAGUACAUAUUUGAGCCCAGCCUAAUGAGAAAACUCAUUUCACCACCAGGUGGCAGUCUUACCCAAACCUACAUACACUGAGUAUACCAAACAUUAGGAACACCUUCCUAAUAUUGAGUUGCACCCCCCCCCCCUUUUGCCCUCAGAACAGCCUCAAUUCGUCGGGGCAUGGACUCUGUAAUGUGCCGAAAGCGUUCCACAGGUAUUCUGGCCCAUGUUGACUCCAAUGCUUCCCACAGUUGUGUCAAGUUGGCUGGAUGUCCUUUGGGUGGUGGACCAUUCUUGAUACACACAGGAAACUGUUGAGCGUGAAAAACCCAGCAGCCUUGCCGUUCUUGACACACUCAAACCGGUGCGCCAUACCCCGUUCAAAGGCACUUAAAUAUUUUGUCUUGCCCAUUCACCCUCUGAAUGGCACACAUGCACAAUCCAUGUGCAGUCCCGUGUAGCUCAGUUGGUAGAGCAUGGCGUUUGCAAUGCCAGGGUUGUGGGUUCGUUUCCCACGGGGGACCAGUAUGAAAAAAAAGUGUCUGCUAAAUGACAAAAAAAAUGUCUUAAAAAUCAUUAUUUAACCUGUCUCCUCCCCUUCAUCUACACUGAUUGAAGUGGAUUUAACAAGUUACAUCAAUAAGGGAUCAUGACUUUCACCUGGUCAGUCUAUAUCAUGGAAAGAGCAGAUGUUCCUAAUGUUUUGAAUACUCAGUGUACCUGAGUUUGACCAGUAAUUUGACCAGUUUCUCACAGCAGGAAAAUAAACCUGCAGCAACAGGAAAUGUGGAUUAUAAUUAAUGUACAUUUUUGUAGGGGUCGAUACAUUUUUUGUUAGGAUAAGUCUGACAUUUUAAAGUGGGAAUUACAAACUUUAGAAGGUUUUUUAAACCUUGAAUACACUACAAAACAGUGGUCAAACUAAUACAGUAUAUCUGUACACAGCAUUUAGUAUUCCUAUCUCGAUCCAGUAGCAUUAAUCAACACUCCCAUUUUAUUUUGCUGAAAGGCAGAAAAUGUCAAGGAAAGAGCUACAUACAGGUAUUAAGAGCUGAUUAUAAAUAUGUAAAAAAAAAAAUCAGGGUGGGGGGUUAGGGAAGUGACAUUGUGCUUGUCUCAUCAGGAUAGCAUGCAGCCAGCACCCUCCACAAGAGAAAAAUAUUAGACAAGUGAUUUACACUGAGAGGAGAUUGUGUCACACAGCCUUAAUCUUCAUGUUUUACUGGCCAACCAGGGCCCAGAAGAGAGCACCGUAUAUUACCACCUGUCCACAACGCUGACUCAGAAGUACACAGGGCUAGAUAUUUAUGCUAUAUGCUAUAAACUCUAGUGGCAUUGAGAUGGAUGUUGUUAUAUAUUGUUAUUAUAUGUCGUCCUACAUGAUCCACACAGAGUGGGCAUUCAUUGGCCUGUUGUCUGUGUAAUAUGGAUAAUGGAGAGAGCUGGCACUGUGUGACCAUUGAUUAUUUUACUGUGUACCUCAUAAGAUGUUUUUACAUGUUAGUAUGACUUGGAUAUCAGUAUACCUGCUUCUGUAAUCAAUGGUGAUGUGUCACUGACAUGUUAUGUCUGAUGUGUGUUUUCCAGACAAAAGCAACAGAUCUUACAGCUCCAUGCCCGGAUCAGGGACAAUGAGCUGAGAGCGCAACAGGUCCUCCAGAGCCAGAAGGGGCGCUGUGACGACCCCUAUCUACUUAACGCUAAGGUAAUAAAGCCUAUUCUACUGUAUCAGUAACAACCCAACUGUCUGAGAACUACACCACAGCACACACACAACACACACACACUCAGGGUCACUCAGAGAGAUGAGCCAGGCUGCUACCGACUGAGAACUAAUGUAUCUCGUCUCUUUUCCAGGAGUCUCCAUAUGACAGUCCUGUGGCACAGCUCCAUCCACAGCUCCAUCCACAGCUCCAUCCCCAGCUCCAGCCCCAGCCCCAGCUCCAUCCCCAGCCCCAGGUCCCAGAUAGGGUGAGCCAUCUGUGCUGUGACAAAGGGGAGCUGGGCCGUAAGCUGGCCGCUGCAGAGCUGGAGGUCAUUCACCUCAACGAGUUCCUCAAACAGAACACCCAGAAAUACACAGAGGACAUAAAGAAGCUGGAAGAGAAGGUGACCAAUGGGCACAUUACACAGAUCAACCAUAACACUAGCCUCACCACAACCCUAAUCCUAACCCUAACUCUAGUUCAUGUCCACACCCCGGAUCAACCCCAGUCAAAAUCCUAACCCUAAUGAAUGUAAUCAACCCUCUCUCCUGCCCUUCAGAUGAAGACGCGCGACCGCUACAUCAGCAGCCUGAAGAAGAAGUGUCUGAGGGAGAGUGAGCAGAACCAGGAAAAGCAGCAGAGGAUAGAGACCCUGGAGAAGUACUUGGCUGACCUGCCCUCCCUCGAUGAGGUCCAGACCCAGGCCCAACAGGUAGUUGGACACCUCAGGGUGUCGUCUGACUGGCUGACCGCUGGGGCUCUGCUAGCAUCUCUACUGACAUCUCUGCUAGCAUCUCUGCUAAGCUUCUUAGUCAUUUGAUGGCCAUGUUAGAACAUUUUCUUUGUAUUAUUAUGAGAAAGUACAUGGGCUAGCCUGUAUGAUCUUGAUGUAGUUAUAGGGUUAAGAUUAAAGGCAAGUUUCUAGUGAGGGUUAAAGUUUAAGGUUAGUGGUUAAUUGUAUUUGUGGUCACUGGUCAGAAAGCUCCUUAUUUCUGCCCCCUCUAGCGUGGCCAGAUAGUGAGACCCUUCUAGCGUCUCUGCUAGCUAGCGUCUCAGUACUAAGCUAACACCUGGUAAUGGAGCGGAGGCGUAUCUUCAUUACAGCUCUGUAAUCUCAUUAGACCUGAUAAGAUCAGCCAUUUCAGGCUGCAUUAGUGGUAGUGGUAGAGUGGGAUGGGAUGGGAGUUCAGAGUGGCUAUUAACAGCCUCCGGUCAACAAGAAGAUAAUAGAUGAUAUCUCCUAUUGUGUUUGCCCUGUCUAUCUUUACUGUAAUGAUAAUUAAAUCAUUGUCAGACAACGAGAUUCAAUUUGUUAAUGGUAAUAAGAACCAAACAGUGUCAAUGUUAUUUAGUGGUUUGUGUGUAGUGUGUACUGAUAUUCCUUUGCUCAGGUCAGUCUUAGUUAGUGGUCUCUUUGUACUUAUGUUCCUGUGGUGUGUGGUUGGGACAGUCACAGAUAGUGUGUGUAUAGUCCUAAUUUUCUGUUCCUGUGUGUGUUUAUAAUAAUAAAUCAGCUGAAGGAGGUUCAGGGGAAGGCCCAGGGUCUGCAGGACACAGUGGCUUGUCUGGAGAAGAGUCUGGAGGAGGGCUGCACCGUGCUGCAGGCGAAAGAGGACCUGAUUGAGACCCAGUGCAAGAGGGAGAAGGAGCUGGUGGCUGCUGUACAGAGGUAUGAUAGAAAUACAAUAGCAAUAUUCCUCUGCAACUCCUCUUUCUAGUUGUAACAGCGUGUCAAAGCUGGUUAGUUGUGGUUGUGUUGAUGACAGUUGUGUCUCUCCCUGGUUCCCCCAGCCUGCAGGAGAAGGUGGAGCAGUGUCUUGAGGACGGGGUCCGGCUUCCCAUGCUGGACCUAAAGGAGCUGGAGGUAGAGAACGCACAGCUACAGGAGCAGCAAGCCACCACCACCAAGGUGAGACGCAGAAUGCAUACAUACACACACACACACACACACACACACACACACACACUUAAAGCUAAGAUAAUAAAAUCUACUGUAUCAGUAACAACCCAACUGUCUUACCUACUAUACGGUUAUUCCCAACUGGCAGAAGGUUUGAACAUUCUCAAGCUUAGUCUCAAGCUUUGUCAUUUGUUGACAUAUCUGGAACUUUUUAAAAGACUGAGAACUAAUGUAUCUCCUUGUCUACACCACAACACACACACACACAACACAACACACACACACACACACACACACACACACACACACACACACACACACACACACACACACACACACACACACACACACACACACACACACACACACACACACACACACACACACACACACACACACACACACACACACACACACACACACACACACACACACACACACACACACACACACAGGGUCACUCAGAGAGAUGAGCCAGGCUGCUACCAGAUGUUUACAAUGCCUCUCUGCUCUUUUUCAGCUGAUAGACAAUCAGAAGAACCAGAUUGAAAAACUCACCCUUGAGCUGACGGUAAGACCUGCUAUUAGGGGUGUAACGGUUCACCAAACCCACAGUUCAGUACAUUUUGCGGUUUUGGAGUCACGGUUCAGUUUCUGAUGAGUCAUAAUACCUGAUGAGAGCACCAUCAGGAAUAACAACACUGGAUUUUCUUAAAUGAAAACACCCGAUUACUCAUCAACAACAACACUAAAAUAAGUAAGUGACUGAAAUCACUUGUGUGUGUGUGAAAUCAAUAUGUAAACAGGGCUCAGACAUUGUAUAGGCCUACAGUUGUGGUUGAAAGUUUUGAGAAUGGCACAAGUAUUGGUCUUCACAAAGUUUGCUGCUUCAGUGUUAUGUGAUAUUUUUGUCAGAUGUUACUAUGGUAUACUGAAGUAUAAUUACAAGCAUUCCAUAAGCAUCAAAGGCAUUUAUUGACAAUUACAUUAAGUUUAUGCAAAGUCAAUAUUUGCAGUGUUGACCCUUCUUUUUCAAGACCUUUGCAAUCCGCCCUGGCAUGCUGUCAAUUAACUUCUGGGCCACAUCCUGACUGAUGGCAGCCCAUUCUUGCAUAAUCAAUGCUUGGAGUUUGUCAGAAUUUGUGGGUUUUUGUUUGUCCACCCGCCUCUUGAGGAUCGACCACAAGUUCUCAAUGGGAUUAAGGUGCGGGGAGUUUCCUGGCCAUGGACCCAAAAUGUCAAUGUUUUGUUCCCCGAGCCACUUAGUUAGCACUUUUGCCUUAUGGCAAGGUGCUCCAUCAUGCUGGAAAAGGCAUUGGUCGUCACCAAACUGUUCUUGGAUGGUUGGGAGAAGUUGCUCUCAGAGGAUGUGUUGGUACCAUUCUUUAUUCAUGGCUGUGUUCUUAGGCAAAAUUGUGAGUGAGCCCACUCCCUUGGCUGAGAAGCAACCCCACACAUGAAUGGUCUCAGGAUGCUUUACUGUUGGCAUGACACAGGACUGAUGGUAGCUCUCACCUUCUCUUCUCCGGACAAGGUGUUUUCCGGAUGCCCCAAACAAUCGGAAAGGGGAUUCAUCAGAGAAAAUGACUUUACCCCAGUCCUCAGCAGUCCAAUCCCUGUACCUUUUGCAGAAUAUCAGUCUGUCCCUGAUGUUUUUCCUGGAGAGAAGUGGCUUCUUUGCUGCCCUUCUUCACACCAUGCCAUCCUCCAAAAGUAUUCGCCUCACUGUGCAUGCAGAUGGACUCACACCUGCCUGAUGCCAUUCCUGAGCAAGCUCUGCCUGGUGGUGCCCCAAUCCCGCAGCUGAAUCAACUUUAGGAGACGGUCCUGGCGCUUGCUGGACUUUGUUGGGCGCCCUGAAGCCUUCUUCACAACAAUUGAACCUCUCUCCUUGAAGUUCUUGAUGAUCCGAUAAAUGGUUGAUUUAGGUGCAAUCUUACUAGCAGCAAUAUCCUUGCCUGUGAAGCCCUUUUUGUGCAAAGCAAUGAUGACGGCAUGUGUUAACGAGAGAAUCACUGACAUGAUGGCAGCUGGUCCUUUUGUGGGAGGGUUGAAAUGCAGUGGAAAUGUUUUGUUGGGAUUAAGUUCGUUUUCAUGGCAAAGAGGGACUUUGCAAUUAAUUGCAAUUAAUCUGAUCACUCUUCAUGACAUUCUGGAGUAUAUGCAAAUUGCCAUCAUCAAAACUGAGGCAGCAGACUUUGUGAAAAUUAGUAUUUGUGUCAUUCUCAAAACUUUUGACCACGACUAUGUUAUAAUGUUUUCUUACAAAGACAAAAAUAUGUGACUCUCAUAAAGGGAGCGCGUCUGUAGCGCGGUACACUCCAGGGUAAUGUGAAGGGCUGUCACUGUUAAGUGGCUCUCUGUAGCCCUGGAGGUCCAUCCAUAUGUACUAAGCGCAACACAUGGUGCGUUAGCCAAUUCAUUGACACAUUUCGGCUUUAGCUUGCUUAUAUAGUGCGAGUGGGCGCAGUUCGUAACGUCGCUCGAGCACUUUCAUGAGGUGCUGAAACCCCCUAUUCUUCUUAACCACUGAGAAUGGGAGCAUAUCCGUGUCUGUAAAGAUACCUAUCGCUCUUGUAAUUUCUUUGGCCCGGUCAGAAUCAGCUGCUAAUAGCUGCUUGAACGCAGAGUGGAAACCAAAGUUGUGUUGUUUUUUUUGUUGCGUUUCCAUCAUGCUCUGGUGGUAGGAAUACUGGGGUGAUGUCGGCGUAAAGGUGUUGGCAGCUGCAUAGACCAUUCUCGUUGGCCAGUGGCGACAUACUCUCUCUGUCCAUUGCCGUUGUAAUCUACUGGGAAGACAAAAUGUUCCCAAACUGGAGAUUUAAAUAAUGAUUGAGAAUCCUCCUGGUUUAUCGACCACACCACUCGCCAUUGUACAUAACUAGUUCCCGGCUGCGCCCCACUAAAGGACAGUUUGAAAUGCACCAAUUAAGAUUUUAAUUUAGAUAACAACGUGCGCAUAGGAUUUAGUUGUUUUAACGGAAUAGCCUGAAAUGUUUUUUUAAACUCAGAUUUAAUCCAGAGGCAUAACCUAUAGGCCUAGUGUUUUUAUUUUCUUGUUCACAGUUCGGACUGAAACGAGGUCCCGAUACUGAACGGUUCGGUAUCAAUGUGUACCGUUACACCCUUACCUGUUAUUAGACUUUACUUUGGUCCACAGUAUGCUUCAAUCAGGCGCUGUUGUAGUAGUAAUGUUGUGCGUCUGUCCUUGAGUGUGUCUGUGAGUGAUGAUGACUAUGAAUAAGAAGAUGAUGAUAAUAAUGUUGAUGAUGAUGAUGAUGACGAAGAGGAUGAUGAUAAAUCACCACUGUCAUCAGAGCAGUAUACAGUAUGUGACGGCUGUCUUAUUGUUCUGUUGCAGGCUGUAGAGCAGAGGCUGCAGAAGGAACGAUGUCUCUCCCAAGAGCUCCAGAAACAGCUGCAGGAGAAGGGCGAGGACCUGGCUUCACUCUCCAACACCCUCCACCAGGUAACCAGCCCCACACGGACGAGCCCUGCGCUGCCUCUACAAAUAUGUUCAUGUAAAGAAGGCUACUCACCCCAAAGUAGGACUAUUCUUGGGAGCUGACAUUUUUUUAUUUAUCUGAUUUUCCAACCCAGGGCUAGAGUGGGGUAGCUAGCUAGUAUCUACUGUAGCUAGUAGCUUCCUCUCUCUCUCCACUCUACAUCCUGACAGACAGUUUUCUCUGUCCCAGGUUUAGCUGGUGAUGGGGAGGUCCAUUCACCACCAUUCUGUUCCUCUACAGGCCCUUUUUGUCCUCAGAUCUUUUCAUAGCAGCAGAGUUAUGAAUAACCCAAUAUGGCCCCUUCAGCACCCCCCCACUACUACACGGACCCAAUUAGAAUUCAUGGUGUCAUUUUUCAACUCCCCCGCCCGUCUCAAGGUGAGGAUGAGCCUGGCGCUAAAAGGUCUGAAUUCAUGCAGGUGGGAAUGUGUGUGUGUCUCCUGUACAUAGGAGAGGUAGAGUGCACACACACACGGCUGACGCCACAGCACCAUACGUUAUCCCUCUGACAGGGACACAAAAGGCAAUUAUCAGCUGGAAGAUUCCGCCGCCUGGCUCCCACAAGGGAAGGUUGCUGGUUUGGAGAGAAUGGAGGAGUGUUGGCUGGCUGACCUUGCCUGGCUCUGCAGUGUGACUCCCAGGCAGCUCGUGUCUGAAGGGACAGAGAGACAUGACAAGAUGAGGUAGUCUACGUAGUAUCACUGGUUUUAAUUUGACCGUGCCCUCCACUAAUCUGUGUGGCUCGUGAAUGUUGGAAGCUGGGUAUUUACCUGGACACAUACUCUAUGUCCCCUCCAGCACCGUGUAGAGCGAUUUCACUCCCAGCAUUACAUUUUUGUAAUUUAGCAGACGCUCUUAUCCAGAGCGACUUACAGUAGUGAGGGAAUACUUUUUCGUACUGGUCCCCCAUGGGAAUCGAACCCACAACCCUGGCAUUGCAAACACCAUGCUCUACCAACUGAGCCACAUGGGUGGGUGCCUUUCGUUACAUGGAGAUGAAAUGGAGAUGAAAGAGAGAACUUUUAGUGGUGAAAUGGCCUCCAUCUUGGGAGAGCAAGAAGUUGGAUAAUCGGUCCUAAAAUGACUUUGCAACAACUAUUACCUUUCUGCCCCCUCUGUGGGUGUUAGUGUUGCUACGAUACCACAUUAUCCUGUUGAGUUAUAAUGAUGGUGAUUAUUAUUCUAAUUUUCUACUUGGUAUUCUGUGAGACAUUUAGAGAGACUCAUUUGAAAGUGUAUAUUUUAACUGUUCUGUUUCAAAGGAAAGCCAGAGAGAGGGUGUUGGAAGUGUUGAUGAUCCACACAGGUUACAGGGGAGAACACACAGGGAGAGGCACACACACUGAGCAGCUCUUCAGCAGUUCUCCCUCUCAAGUUCACAGUUUUAAUACAAAUGUAACACAAAAGUACACUGUAAUGGACAAAUCCAUUUCUGUUCAGAAAUAAUAGUAUGACUGUCAUAGUUUUAAUUGCGUGCGACUAAAUGCCCUUCUCCAGCGUUUUACAAUGUGUAUUUAUUAAUAAAUGCAAUCUUGCAGUGACAGAGAAUACAAAAGGACGCUUUUCAGCACAAAGGAUUUAGCCAAUUUGUCUCUCAAUUCAGCAACACUUUAUCUACUCUGAACUGGUGCCAAAAUCCUAUUAAUAUUGGGUGGAUUUAGUGUUUUACAUUAAUUUACUGAACACUCCUGAGCUCUGCUGAAUUUGCGUCCGUGUUUGAUAAUAAACCCAGUGUUGGUCUCUAAGCUAUGUGUGUUUCUGCAGAGCCAAAGGCAGUUGGAGGAUGGCGUGGUGGUUGGUCAGGGCUGUGGGGACCAGGGGCCAGAGGCAGGGCCCCUGCUGAAGGAGAUGUCCCUGUGUCUGCUGGACCUCAAGGCCCUCUGUAGCAUCCUCACCCAGAUGACACAGGGCAAGGAGCCCAACCUGGCACUGCUACUGGGCAUCAAAUGUAAGUAGAUAUGUCUGGUUUAAACCUCUUAGGCCGGGAUUCAAUCCGUUUUACAGUGAAUGUGGUCUCCGCAAACGCAGAAACAUUACAAAGAACGAUCGGAUUGAAUUCCGGCCUCUCCUAUCUGCACACACACACCUCCCACAAACUACUGCCAUAUGCAAACCCCACAUCCGCUUCUCGGACUAGCUAAUCUACUCAGUUGUAGGCUACUGAAUAUCUACUUCAUAGUUUUUUGGCAUCAACAGUAAUUGGGUUUUUCCACUGAGGAAGAUGUUACUUCACUAGCUACCUUACAGUUAAUGAAGACUUCCCAACCAUCUUUGUGAUGUCAAAUUACUUGAAUUCCUUUUGAAAGUGACAUUUGGUCCCACCUUCUAUUCUGUCCACGUCGGCAGUAGGAUGCACUUAUUUCCCCUAAGAACACAGAGGGGGAGUCAGGCUGUCCAGGCUGUCAGCUCACAACAAGAAGCUCCUCUGAAUACAUGUACACUUCUUUCACUCUAGACUAGAUAAAAGAGCUGUCACUUCCCCCCUUCAACCUCACUGGAGUACCCAGUACACACACUCGACAGAACCUUUUGCACAGCCACAGUAUGAUUAAAAAUACACACCUGACAGAAGAUACACAUACACUCAGCAUCUCAAAAUCGAGCGUAUUUCACACUCACUCAGUCCAACAUGAUGCUCAUUGACAGAAUUAGAAAUCUUGCAAUGGUAGAUUUGAGCUAAAGCCCAUCAGAUUUUAGUGUGUUUGACUCUCUGACCCCCGUAGCGAUGAGCAUGUCAGGGGAGGAGAAUGACAACUCUCUGGUGGAGGACAGCUUGCGGGCCAAGCUGCUGGAGGUUGGCAAGCUGAGGAAGGACAUUGACGACCUGCGCACCGCCAUCUCUGACCGCUACGCACAGGACAUGGGCGACAACUGUGUGACGCAAUGA